UUUAUGUUUACAGAUGCGUUUUUGGGUUUGCAAUUUGUAAUUAAAUUUGUAAUCUUGUAAUAGGUAUUUUUGUAUGGAACAUGUAGUCUGCAAUAUUAUUGUGAGUUGUAGUAUUUUACAAUAUUUAAAUGAUGGAACCGUGCUGUAGGCUGUGUGGCUACAAUUCCGCAGAUCUGGUAAAUGUUUACACAGACCAGGGCGAAACUACUGAAUACGUAAAAAAGAUAAACCGAUACCUCUACCUCUUGGUAACUCCUGACGAUGACCUGCCGAAAGCGAUCUGCUGGAUGUGUUCGCAACAACUGGAUUCAUUUCAUAAGUUUCAUGAGAAAAUCAACGAAAUUCAGCAGCGAUUGCUAAAGGACCGCUAUCUUGAAUACGUUAUUGAGCUAGAUCAGAAAUACACAGGAAAUGAAAUCGAAAUCGAGGAGCACAGCGUGGAGGAAGUGCAGAAAGAAUCGGAGGAAGCUCGACAGCAUGAAGCGGAUACAGCCGAAGAAUACUCAACUAUUCAGCUAAUACCGUCUCACGAUGAUUCAUUUCUGGUAGUGAAAACAGAAUCAAUUUCUUCAAUGAUCACGAACAAUCAAACGAGUCAGGAAAAUACGCAGGAGAAAUCUAAACAAUCCGCUUCUGUAGUGGAGGUGUUCGAAAUUCGAAGAAGUACACGCAAGAGAAGCUCAAUUGUACGCACAAAUGCAGACAAUGAGGAGAGCAGUGAAAGUGAAGAGAGUGAGGAUGAAAUUCAGCUAAAACAAAAAACACAUCUACGAAAAUAUGCCGCGGUUUGUCGAAAUGCCCCAGAGCAACCCAAAUUUUUGCUCAACAGAACCUCGAACAUAUCUGUGGUAUCUACUCGAACAAGCCCUAGAAAUGCAGCUAAAAACAAUAAACAGCAACAACCGGAAGAAGGCAGUCAACGUGCUUUGGUAAGGCCAGUUCGUGACUGUGGAGCAAUUGAGGAAGAUGGUAGCGAUAUCGAAUUACCUGCUCGCGACUCUGAUAACGAAGAAUGGCCGGCGGCGGAAACAAUGGAAAAGUUUCCUUCUACAAUAAUCAAGGACGGUUUGUUGACAGUGAAAGGCAAAGAGCUUAUGCAGAUGAUCAAUAGCUUCUACAAUCUACAGUGCGAUUUGUGUAAAGAUUCAUCAACGCGGUUCAAAACACUACCAGGACUAUUCACUCAUCAUAAAACAAUUCACAAACACGAUGGAUAUGUCGUUUGCUGUCAGAUGAAAAUGUGGCGCUAUCCAGCGGUAAUUAUGCAUAUGGCACGCCACAUUCAACCAGAAGCUUUCAAGUGUGAUAUUUGCGGAUAUAUGGUAACAAGACCAAGAUUCCUUGCAGCUCACAGACAAACCCAUUUACCUGAAGAUCAAAAACCAUACGCUUGUGAGCACUGUCCGAAAAGAUUCUGUUGGAAACGAGCUCUUCAGGUACAUCUUAAUCUACACAAGGCACCAGGAGAAAGGGCGAUUUACAUGUGUACCACAUGUGAUAAAACGUAUGAUACACCUGGAGGAUUGUCAGCGCACAAGAAAAAUGUCCAUGCCAAAACUAAGACACCAAAGGCGCCCCACGUUUGCGAAAUUUGUGCGAACAAAUUUGCUACCCACUCAGGGCUGAAGGAGCAUAUGGUCACUAUCCACCAACCACGCGAGAAAGGCCAACUGCAAUGCCCCGAAUGUUUCAAAUGGCUGAUGAACAGUCGAUGCCUUAGGGUGCACAUGCAAUUGCAUUCCAAGGACGAUAUAGCUUGUGAUCAGUGUAACUACAAGACGAAGAAAGAAUCGCUCUUAAGGCGACAUAAAAUUACACAUCACCAAGAAGAAAGGCCCUUUAACUGUGACAAAUGCAGUAGUACAUUUAAACAUAAGCGAGCAUUAACCGUUCACGUUGGACUUAAGCACGGUCAAGAGAAAACCAGUUACAAAUGCAACUUCUGCGAUCGAACAUUUGCAAGCUCUACCAAUUUCUACACCCAUCGAAAAAACAAACACCCAGAGGAGCUAGCUGCUAUGAAAGAACAACAUGAACAGGAAAGAAAAUUACAAAGAAUAAAGGCCGGCAUUGAACCGGAUGACAUUCCAUCUGCUCAAGAAUCAACGAUUUCGACUGCUUCGGAUGGGACGCACAUCAUAACCAUCAAGAGCAGGAGAAAUGGACUUCAGAACCAAGUGGAUACAGUGACGGUGUUAGAUGUGGUAGAAUUCUCCGAAAAUGAAGAAAACAUGUUCGACGCAUAGGCAUUUUUAAAAACAAUUUUUAACAUCCCAUCACUUAUCUUGAUACAAAAACAUGUGUAUCACAUAUCGCAUACAAAUUAAAUUGGUAAUAUAAAGUUCAGCUAAAACGGAGGAAACCACAUCUACGAAAAUAUGCCGAGAUUUUUUCGAAAUGCUCCAGAGCAAGACAAAUUUCUGCUCAACCGAUUUGUGAUAACUAGGACAAGCCCUAGAAAUGCAGCUAAAAAGGCAAAUCGCAACAAACGGAAGAAUGCAGUCAACAUGUUUCGAUAAGGCCAAUUCGUGACUGCAGCAGUUAAAGUUGUUCUGGGGUAUAUACGUUUUACGAAUUUUAUGGCUAUCAUACAUAAACCAGUACUGUGACUGUUAUGACUAGUUUAUUAUUAUUGAAUUAAUUUUUCUUUCAUACCAUGCCGGCAUGUUCGUAUUAAAAUA